AGAUUAAGGUGUUUCAAGGUUAAAGAUUCGAGUUCAAAUGGGAAAUCUGAUGGAGUUGUGAAGAAGAAAAUAACAUCUAGAGUUGUUGAUAAUAACAAGGAAUCUAGUCUUCUUCCUCCUAUGUCUUCUCCUCAUCGUUUUAACAGGGAUUUGGGUGUGAAUAGAUCUAACACAAACGAGCAUCGUAAGACAUCAACUUCGUCCCCCGAAAAGGAGGACAGAUAUUAUACGACAAGAGGGUCGGUAGGCGUCGACGAUAGUAGCAAGUUAUUCAUUGAUUCAAGGGAGGAAAAGAAAAAGAUGGUUUGGCCAAAAUUGCUUGUUACAUUGUCCAGUAAAGAGAAAGAAGAAGAUUUUAUGGCCAUGAAAGGUUGCAAGCUUCCUCAAAGGCCCAAGAAAAGGGCUAAGUUGAUACAAAGAACCAUACUUGCUGCUGUGGUGGGGAACCAAGCCAUCAUCACUGGAACCUUUUCAAUUAUUAAACAAUGCUCCUCUUUGGGUUGCUUUCCUAAAGUUAAAAUAGUGAAUAUGUCAUCAAAAAUACAUGGACAGAUUUAUAUUCCAGAGAUCAAUUGGACCUUAAUGUUACUGUGCUUGGCUGUUACUAUUGGCUUCAGAGAUACCAAAAGGAUGGGCAAUGCUUCAGGUAUGGAUGUAAUGAUAUGAAUAAGGGAGACUAAAAGUUUGAUUUGUCGAAAUCAUUUAACCUUCUUAGAUCAACUGUUAAAGUUUAUAGUCUCUGUCACAACUCUCUUUAGUCUUUACACUUCUGUCCUAAAACAAAAUUACUUAUUGGAUCUGUUCGGUUAUAUAUACUAAC